AGCCAGAAUUUUUUUUAAAGAACAUUUUUAAAACCAUUAUUUUUCAGGGGUGCGUCUGACUCCCUGUAGUUUUGGGACCGGCUGUGUUAGUGAAGGCGCUGGAACUGGCUGAUCGUUUUGGGGGUUUUUAUUUUUGUUCUUUUCUGGAUGAUUGAAGGGAAGGUCCUUACCCUCUUUUGGGAGUCUUGGAAUUUGGAACAGAACGAAGGCAUCUAGAGCAUAAUCUUCAUCUUUUUUCAUCAUCACAAAGAUUGCCAUGGCUACCAGUACCACUGGCUCCACGCUGCUUCUACCCCUCAGUCGAGCAGUUCAGCUGCCCAUAGAUCAGGUUAACUUCGUAGCGUGCCAAGUCUUUGCCUUGCUUGCUGCUAUUUGGUUCCGCAUCUACCUACAUUCAAGCAAAACUAGUCCCUUGAUCCGACAUGUAAUUGCAACGCUGCUGGGCCUGUACCUUGCACUUUUUUGCUUUGGAUGGUAUGCCUUACAUUUUAUUGUGCAAAGCGGAAUUGCAUAUUACAUCAUGGUUGUCGCAGGACUGGAAAACAUGCACAAAUUCUGCUUUGUGUUUGCAUUGGGAUACCUCACUUUGUGCCAAAUUGCAAGAGUCUAUAUUUUUGACUAUGGACAGUAUUCGGCCGAUUUCUCUGGGCCAAUGAUGAUUAUGACACAGAAAAUAACAAGCUUGGCUUUUGAGAUUCGGGACGGAAUAUUUUGUAAAGAAGAAGAGCUAACACUAUCUCAAAGGAGACUGGCCGUUAGACGCAUGCCAAGUCUACUGGAGUAUUUAAGUUACAACUGUAAUUUCAUGGGUAUCCUGGCAGGCCCACUAUGCUCAUAUAAAGACUAUAUUGCUUUCAUUGAAGGCAGAUCAUAUCAGCUGAAACAGUUGGAAGCCAACGGGAAAGAAGAUCCAAAGCACGAACAAAAAGAACCUUGUCCGAACUCGACUGUUAUUCAUAAAGUGAUAGUCUGUGCAGUCUCCUUAGCAUUUUACAUGACGGCCACGCGGAUAUUGCCAGUGGAAUACAACAUCGAUGAGGAAUUUCAGGAAGCAUCAUCUGUCCUCACGAGGAUCAUUUAUCUCUACUUGUCUUUAAUGGCUGCAAGACCAAAGUACUAUUUUGCAUGGACACUUGCUGAUGCUAUCAAUAAUGCUGCAGGGUUCGGUUUCCAAGGCUACGAUAAAAAUGGAGAAGAAAACUGGGAUUUGGUGUCAAAUUUAGAUAUUAAACAAAUAGAGUUCUCGACAAGCUUUAAAAUGUUUAUCGAUCACUGGAACAUACAGACGGCAGUUUGGCUCAAGAGAGUAUGUUAUGAGCGAGCCACAUACAAUGCCACAGCUCGGACCUUCUUGCUGUCAGCUGUUUGGCAUGGAGUGUACCCAGGAUAUUACCUGACCUUUUUCACUGGGAGCCUGAUGACCUUGGCUGCAAGAAGGAUAAGAAACAACGUCAGGCACCAUUUUCUACACUCUUCUGAGCUCAUGUUUGUGUAUGAUGUCAUUACCUGGAUUGCAACACAAGUGGCCAUAAGUUAUACUGUGGCACCCUUUGUACUUUUAUCUGUAAAACCCUCACUACAGUUUUAUAGGUAAGUACUAGUGACUACAGAGUAUUACUGAGGCUUAUGUCACACGAUGAGGUUAGGAGACGUCUAGAAAUAGAUUUCAAUGGCUUGUGAGGGAAUACUAGUUUACUGUCCCAAUGGAGGACAAUGAAAACUGUUUCUUGCUACCUACAAAUACUACCCAAUAUUUCCUGAUAUGACUUUAGCCUUCUUCUUUGGGCAUACUCUAGUCUAACCCAGAUAUAACCAUACUGUCUGUAUACUGCCCUUACCAUACUGCUCUAAAAUGUGUUUUCUUACCUAUAACUGCCUGCUGGUUUCCAUAUCAGUAUGGGUUCUCUUAUCAUUAUUGUGCUGUUGUCCCAUGAAAGUCAUCGAAUGGAAAAUUCAUCUGUCCUCUUUCUUGAUUUCUCUCUUCCCUGUUGUCUUGCAAAGAAACUUCACCAAAUUUUCCCACCAGUGAUUUACUUUAUUGUUGGAGGUGAGGCAUUCUCAGGGAGCGUAGUAGCGCAGAUUUAACCUUGAGUGGCAUAUCUCCCCAUCUUCCAUCACCCUUAGUCAUGAACUGGGUCUCCUAUGGCCAACGAAGCAACUGGACACUCUGGGUCCACUUUCUAUACCUAAUGACUUUCAGUUAUUAGAUAUAGAUAGUGCCAAAUUGUAUAGGUUUCUAUAAGGACCCAUGUUAAAAAUAUGCAAGGGCAGAUGGAAAUUCCCCUAGAUUGGGGCCUGCUUCAGCUUGGCCCACCAGGAGAUCUUCUGGCACCCUGGUAGGCCAAUCUGUAGACCUUUCAGAAGUUAUCCAUGACAGCAAUCUCCAUCACGACAAUUAUGAUUUUUGCAUUCACAGCACAGUCAGAUCAUUGUGUACAUCUCAGAAAUGUGCUUGGGUACAACUACUAUAUAGAGUGCUUACAGUAGCCUCAUAAGUAGGGUUGCCACCUGACUGGUAUUUUACCAGCCUGGCCGGUAUAAAUGAUGGUUGAUCCCAAUGUUAUUAAUAGGGAAAUAAGAUAAAUAUAUAAGAUGGCCGGUAUUUUUUUCCAGAAAGACACAAAUUCAGGUGACCCCCGCACUUAGAAUAUAUAUAUGAAAAGGGAGUGUGCAUUUAAGAGCAAGGGGAAUGUAUGGUUAGAACCUGUGGCAGGGGUAGUAGUAGUGUGGCUGUAGGGUAUGUGCAGCCAAGGAUUGAUACUUAGGUUAUUGCCCCAGUGUUACCCUUUAGUACAGAGACCACGAGUGAAUAUAACGAUAGUGCCUGUGAAUUUUCUGGGAGAAGGCCCUGAGAAUGAAGUUUACCCCUGAGAAAGUCAACUAUGGGUACUAUGUUAAAUUUUACACAGGGGCUAAGCUUUACCUGCAACUUACUUGCUGCUUUCAAGGUGAAAACAUGGUUGCCCUUUUAUUGGCCACCACUGGGAUCACCUGACUGUAGCAGGAAAGGGUUGUAGCUCCCAGGAUGACUCUGACGUAGUUGGCCAGCUUAAAUAUAUCUCAAAAUAUGGACAAACAAUUCCUGUUUUGUUUAAAGGGGAGGGCAUUUUUUGGUAGAAAAGGUCUCAAUGUAUUAAAUAUAUUGAUAAUGGGUUGAGUGCAGAGGACUUCUUGUAUUUGUCUGUAUCUGUAACAUAAAGUACAAGGAAGUUCCUAUUGUAUUGAAGAAUAUUGUAGGGUGGAGAGAGGGUGGUUGGAUCAGUUUUUUGCAAACUUGAACGUAGCCAUACACAUGCAGUUGUGGAACUUAUCCUAUUUAUUAAUCAAUGUUUCAAAUUUCCACUGUACAAGAAGGACCUAGUCGGCCAAACAGAAAGCCUGCAUCAUCAGUGCAGUUUACCAUUCAUUGACGGGUGUACAGUGGAUUAAUCGUUGGAUGGGUUUUUUUGCCACUCACUAAUUUUAAAGCCUAACUAUUGAUUGCCAGUGUUUGGGUAAAUUCUUUCAGGGGCCUCAUAAUCCAACGAGCGAAAAUAACUGGGUCAUUAAGGGGUCACACUGGAAUGCAGAGUUUCUGUUUCACUGCAUACAGUCAGGUUUCUUAUAAAAACGGUACACAUUUUUCAAUUAAAAUAUAUUGCAGAUAGGUUUCUUUUUCAUUAAAGAAAGUAAAAAUGGGAUUUUAUUUUUUUGCCUUUCCUUGUCCUUUAACCUGUCAGUUAGAGAUUCUAAUGCUAAUGGACUCCUGCUGCACAAAUAUGGCAGCCCCCUUAUACAGGAACAUGGGGGAUCAGACAGGUAAUGUAAAAGCAUCAGGCAAAUACUUUCAUGGCAAAAUUAUAUAUAGCAUUCAAAGACACUGAUAGAUAAUAAAAAUGUUUAUUUUCUGAUGUCAGUAUCUCUUUAACACAACUCACAGUCAGUGAGAGGUUGGGAUCUGAUUUGGAGGAUCCCAGAUUGGACAUGAUUCUUAACAUUUUCUUCAGUGGACCUGGGCCUGCAGUCAGACAGCCCUGCAAGAUAGUGGGACAUAAAAUAAUAUAAACAUACUGAAUCCCUGUGUCGCACAACUACAAAGUAAUAUUUGGUGCUCGAAGCACAGAGAGAUAUAAUAAGGUUGACCACGUCUUUAAGGGGCAGAUUAAUCAAGGGUCGAAGUGAAAAUUAUAAGUACGUCGACUAGAGAACAGUCCAAAUUCGAUUUUGAAUUUGAAAAAUAAACUUCUACCAUUCACCAUCUGCCGAAUUGCUGUUGGAGCCUAUGGGGGACCUCCUAGAACAUAUACGGAGUCAAUUGGUGAACUUUGAAAAAUCAAUGUUUUUUU